ACCAAUCAAAAGGCCGAAGCUGUCCAGAAGUGGAGUAAUGGACGAGCGGUAUGAAACAAGCUAAUCUUAGUACAGGAAACGACUUUACUACGGCGAUGGGUGUGUAUCCGGAGUAGAUGACGUUGACGGUCAAAAUCGAAAGACUUCAGAAAGACCGAGUAUGGCGCUGCGGCCGUUGGUCAUGUGUUUUGCGCUGUGCGUGGUGCACGCCUCCAGUAAACCCACCAUCGACAAGAAGGACCGUGUCAUUCAUGACGACCUGCUUAGCAACCGCAACCAUGACGACGCAGAUAACUUUGAUUAUGACCAUGAAGCGUUUCUUGGACAGGAUGAGGCCAAGACCUUCGAUCAGCUCACACCUGAAGAGAGCAAAGAGAGAUUGGGUAUGUUGGUAGAGCGUAUAGAUGAGGACAAGAAUGGGUAUGUGUCAGUAGAGGAGAUGAAGAAGUGGAUCAAACACAGUCAGAAGAGGUGGAUCUAUGAUGAUGUGGACCGCCAGUGGAAAGGUCAUGACCUUAACGGAGAUGGACUGGUGUCCUGGGAGGAGUACAAGAAUGCCACAUACGGAUACAUACUGGAUGAUCCAGACCCAGAAGAUGGCUUCAGCUACAGACAGAUGAUGUCACGUGACGAGAGGAGAUUCAAAAUGGCCGACUUGGACGCUGACCUGAAGGCCAAUAAAGAGGAGUUUACAGCCUUCCUCCAUCCUGAGGAGUACGACCAUAUGAAGGAUAUAGUUGUACUGGAGACCAUGGAGGACAUUGAUAAAAACGGAGACGGCUUCAUAGAUCUGGAGGAGUACAUAGGUGACAUGUAUAACCAGGAGGGUGAUCCUUCAGAGCCAGAGUGGGUGAAGACAGAACGAGAACAGUUUACUGAGUUCAGAGAUAAAAACAAAGAUGGCCGCAUGGACAAGGAGGAGACCAGAGACUGGAUCCUCCCUUCAGACUAUGACCAUGCAGAGGCAGAAGCCAAACACCUGGUCUACGAGUCAGAUAACGACAAGGACGGCCAUCUGACCAAGGCAGAGAUCGUAGAGAAGUAUGACCUCUUCGUUGGCAGCCAGGCUACUGACUUUGGAGAAGCCUUGGCAAGACAUGAUGAAUUCUAACUUUCCACUUCCCACACAGGGUUGGGCUCAAUUCAGUCAUGGAGUUGAAAUCCCAAUUAAAAACACUAUAUGGAGAAUAGGGUGACGUUUGAGACGGAGCGUUUCACACUAGUGUACUAAGUAGUAUACGAGUUUGGACAUCAAGUUUGGACAUCAAGACACACCUCCUGGUUUGGCUCCACCACCAUCCUCUCGUCCAAUCCAGACAAUGGAAAGGAUAUACAGUAUUUCCUUUGUCUUCGUUUGCAGAUCAACUUUGUUUUUGUAAGAAGUGACAGAAUACAGAUGUUAGUGUUUGUUUUGGUAGCCUUGUUUGAACAAUGUGUCAGGUGUGCAAUGAAGGGCAGAACUGUGCAUGUUGUGGUCAUUUCAGGUUUAAAUUCAGGAAGUGAGUCAAAUUCAAUAGAAAAAGUGAAUUGAUCCCAACCCUGGUGUAUGUUCUGCACUGGACUAUGAAGGGGAGAUGUACAGUGCCCUCUACUAAUAUUGGCACCCUUGGUGAAUAUGAGCAAACGGGCUGUGAAAAAAAAAUGUAUUUGUUUAUCCUCUUGGUCUUUCUUUCAAAAUAUUCACAUAAAUCUAACCUUUAAUUAAAGUAAAAUAAUUUGAAAAAAAUAUAUCAUAAAACAAA